AUGGGUGGGCACGGACCGGCCCUUCGGGGCUGCCUGGCAGCGAAGGAGAGCGAGGAGCCCGUGGGCCCCUUUCUCUCCGUCUUUGAAUCUCCCGGGGCCACUGGGUUUGGUUCCCGCGACCGCGGCGGCGGCGGCGGCGGCGUCUCCGCGCGGCUUCCAGCGACCCCUGUCGGGGGUUCCCGGCAGCAGCUCGGCGCGCCGCCGCCCCCCGCCCGGCCAGGCUCGGGGAGCGAAAGGGGCUGCGCCCGGGAGCGCCGAGCCCAGGCUCCUCCCGGUGGCGUGUCCGCGCCUCCGGGUGGGGGUGUGGGCCGGCGAGGAGUUCCCCAAAACUUGUCGGAACUCCGGGCUCGCGCGGACGGCAGGAGCGGAGAGGCGGCGGCUGCCUGGGCGAAGCGAGCGCGGGGCAGGACGGUGACCGCCUCUCCCUCGUCGGGCUGCGAGCGCGCCGCACGGACGCCACCCCCGGAGCCGACAGCGGCUGGACCCGGCGCGGCGGGAACCGAGGACUUCCCUGAGCGACGCGAGCAGCCCCGGGAGCGAGGGCGACCGCCAGCCUCAGGUGGCCGGGACCGCACGCGGCGUCCGCGUCGCCCCCCGCGGGGCGCCAGGAGACGCCCCCGCGCACCGCGAGAGCCUCAGCCGUGCCGCGCGCGCUCUCCCCCCUCGAGGGACAAACUUUUCCCAAACCCGAUCUGA